CAAAUUCUCUUUCAUCACCGCUUAACAAAUUCAAAGAAGAUACAAUAUCUAGAAUUCAUUAAUCUUUUUUGGGAGAGUUUCUAUAUAUUCUUCGGGUAUCUGGAAAUGAGAUUUUGUGUUUGUCAAAUUCCCCUUUGAUUUAUUUCAAUUUGUUACCAAUUUUAGUGUUCAAACUAUAAAUGGAAUCGAAUGUGAUGUUCUCCGGGUUCAGUCCAACAAUGUUAACCCUCGAGAUUCCGCAUCAGAACCCUCAAAACCCGGUUCAGUUCCAGCAUCCUCAUCCACAUCCUUACCCAACCGAUCAACAACAACAACAACAACAACCAAUAAAACCCUUAUACCCUCACACAACCAAGACCAAACAACCCUCAGGAGAAGAAGACGAGCGUGAAUCAGGCUCCGGAUCCGGAUGCCACCCAGAAGACAGCACAGGAACCGACGGAAAAAGAAAAAUCUCCCCCUGGCACAGGAUGAAAUGGACGGACACGAUGGUCCGUCUCCUGAUAAUGGCAGUCUUCUACAUCGGCGACGAGGCCGGUGGUGGUGGGGCCCUCGGAGACCAAACAGAUGCCAAGAAAAAAUCGAUAGGGAUGUUACAGAAGAAAGGGAAGUGGAAGUCCGUGUCGAGAGCCAUGGUGGAGAAAGGCUUCUCCGUGUCUCCACAACAGUGCGAGGACAAGUUCAACGACCUUAACAAGAGGUACAAGAGAGUCAACGACAUUCUCGGGAGAGGGACAGCGUGUCGUGUCGUUGAGAAUCAAGGGUUGUUAGAAGGGAUGGAUCAUAUUAAUCCGAAACUAAAAGAGGAGGUUAAGAAGUUGCUUAACUCUAAGCACUUGUUUUUUAAAGAGAUGUGCGCUUAUCAUAAUAGUUGUGGUCAUUUAGACCAAAGGGAAUUAACAAAUAAUAAUCAGAUUCCGGUUUUGUCUAAACCGGAGUGUUUUCACGCGGGGGAGAGUGAGAGAAAAAUGGAGUCGGAUAAUACGGAUUCGGAGACCGAGGUUGAGGAUACUGAUGAGGAGGAAGAGGAGAGGAGGGGGAAGAAGGCGAGAGUAGUGUCCGGGGGAGCCGAGGUGAAGAGGAUGAGGGAGGAGACGGCGCGUGUGUUGGAUGAUCCGGGGAAGAGCGCGUGGGAGAAGAAGGAGUGGAUGAGGAGGAAGGCGUUGGAGCUGGAGGAGAGGAAGGUUGGGUAUGAGUGGGAAGCUGUGGAGAUGGAGAAGCAGAGAGUGAAGUGGAUAAGGUAUAGGAGCAAGAAAGAGAGGGAGAUGGAGAAGGCUAAGCUGGAGAAUCAGAGGAGGAGUCUUGAGACUGAGAGGAUGGUUUUGAUUUUGAGGAGGAGGGAGUUUGAGAUUACUGAGGGGCAGUUUGCGGGUAAAAGGGUUGACCCGAGUUUAGGAACCGGGUGAGGUGUUUAGUGUUUAGGAUUUUUUUUUUUUGUGUUUGGGUUUGAUUUAUAUAUAAAGUUUGUUAGUUUUGAAAUAUGGAUGGUGAUUUAAGAUUCUUACAUUUUCGAGAUAAUCAGGAGAUUAUAUAUGUUUUAAGUAAUCCAAAACGUGUUUCAAAGGUUUUUAGUUGGUGAAGUGAGU